AUGGCGGCCGCGGGGGGCGCCGGGCUCCUGCGCGCCUCCUCCGCGGCCCUGGGCGGCGCGGCCCGCCGGUGGCUGCUGGGCGGCGCGGCUCGCGUGGGAGCGGGCGGCCUCCCGGGGAGCCGGCCGCUCAGCCUGUCGGCCGCGGCGCGCUGCAGCUCAGAAGAUAAAAUAACAGUCCACUUUUUAAACCGUGACGGUGAAAUAUUAACAACCAAAGGAAAAAUCGGUGACUCUCUGCUAGAUGUUGUGAUUGAAAAUAAUCUAGAUAUUGAUGGUUUUGGUGCAUGUGAGGGAACCUUGGCUUGCUCCACCUGCCACCUCAUCUUUGAAAAGCACAUAUACGACAAAUUAGAAGCAAUCACCGAUGAGGAGAAUGACAUGCUUGAUCUGGCGUACGGGCUAACGGAUAGAUCCCGGUUGGGCUGCCAAAUCUGUUUGACAAAGGCUAUGGACAAAAUGACUGUUCAAGUACCAGAUGCCAUGUCUGAUGCCAGACAAUCCAUUGAUAUGGGCAAGACCUCCUAA